CUGCGUGCAAUUUAGAUGUAUGCAGAGCAAUAGAAAACUCUACGGAUUGUGCCGUGGCUGAUGGCUCUGUGUUUCCUUGAUCCGCUCGUAGACUCCAGGCACCCGAUUCUCUGCUGCCCUAGCUCUCCCUUUUUCGUUGGCGGUUAAGUUUCAAAAUAAAAGAAUCUCAGUUUUAACUUCAAUCACACAAUCCGUAGUGUUGGUUUCUAACUUUGCCGUAACAUUCUCUUUCCUCUUUCUGUGUCGCAACUCGCAAUCGGUUUCCAACUCUCCACUGUUCAAUCGCACAAACCCUAAUUUUUAUUUGUUUUCCUUCCCAAUUUGCCUCUCUCAGUUCUCUUGUCAUUUCGCCAUUUCUAUCAGCAACUUCCUGCUAAAAUUUGAAAUUCCAGAUUGUUUUGUCUUCCUUAUUCUGUCCCUUUUCUCACGUGAUCUUCGUCUUUACUGAGUUCUUUUUUUUUUUUUUUUUGCGAAACCAUUGAAGUCGGAAAACGUUGGUCUUAUUUAACUUAAUCUUUCAAAUCUAAUUUACUUCGCUUUGUGUUACCAACUCCAUAGAAUGGAGAUUGGCUUCUAGGGGGUCUCAAUUUCGUGUUUACGACGCUUGAAGAUGCUUCCUUGGGGGGGACUGAGCUGCUGCUUGAGUGCAGCUGCUCUUUAUCUCUUGGGGAGAAGCAGUGGAAGAGAUGCGGAGGUUCUUAAAUCAGUUACACGGGUUGGCCAAUUAAAGGACUUGGCACAGCUCCUUGAUACUGCAUGCAAAGUAUUACCCUUGGUUGUUUCCAUUUCUGGACGAGUUGGAUCAGAAACACCAAUUAACUGUGAGUAUAGUGGGCUGAGGGGUGUAAUAGUGGAAGAAACGGCAGAACAACACUUUUUGAAGCACAACGAUGCGGGUUCUUGGAUACAAGAUUCAGCCUUGAUGCUUUCCAUGAGUAAAGAGGUUCCUUGGUACCUGGAUGAUGGAACUGGUCGUGUAUAUGUUGUGGGAGCUCGAGGUGCCACAGGCUUGGUAUUAACUGUUGCAAGUGAAGUCUUUGAGGAGUCUGGGCGGUCUCUUGUUCGUGGAACCUUGGACUAUCUCCAAGGUCUCAAGAUGCUUGGGGUCAAGCGAAUUGAAAGGGUUCUUCCGACUGGCACAUCCUUAACGGUUGUUGGCGAGGCCAUCAAAGAUGAUGUGGGAACAAUUCGGAUUCAGCGACCCCACAGAGGACCAUUUUAUGUUUCUCCAAAAAGUAUUGAUCAGCUAAUUGCGAAUCUUGGGAAAUGGGCGAGGUGGUACAAAUAUGCCUCCAUGGGUUUCACAGUUUUUGGUGUUUAUUUGAUUGCUAAGCAUGCCAUUCAAUAUAUCAUGGAAAGGAGACGUCGCUGGGAUUUGCAGAGAAGGGUUCUUGCUGCUGCUGCACAAAAAUUAGGUCAAGAUAAUGAAGGUUCUGAUGGAAAAGCUGAAAACGGAUCAGAUAACACAAAAAGGGACCGUUUAAUGCCAGAUUUAUGUGUAAUAUGCCUGGAGCAGGAGUAUAAUGCUGUUUUUGUUCCGUGUGGUCAUAUGUGCUGCUGUACAACCUGCUCUUCACACUUGACCAGCUGUCCACUUUGCCGGCGACGAAUUGAGCAGAUUGUGAGGACUUUCCGCCAUUAACAUUGUUCCAUGUGGAGCUAGAAAAGCAUACCGUACAGGGCCUUGAGGACCUUUUGCCAUUAACAAUCGUUCCUUGAGAACCUAGAAAACCAUACAAUACAGCGAAUCUGGUUGGAAUCAUGAUAUUUUUCCUCUGGUGGUAAGAGCCCCUGAAGUUGGAGCUUUGCUGUCAUCAUAUGCCCCAUGUUUCAGCCAAAUUGCUUAUAAAUUUCGCAGUUGUCUAAUAUUUCUUUUUUUUUUUUUUACAAAUUAAAAUAUUCCUGGCAUGGUUGCCAUAUGGAGCGAUUUAAGAUGUGCUGCUUUAUGCAAAUACCUCUGGAAUUGUAAAUGCUUAUGAAUCUGUAACUUUGUAAAUUAAGGCCAAUGUUUCCAAUCUUUGGAUAGAUCUUAAUCCUCGUAAGCCUUUGUGUCCUCGUUACUUUUGUA